CGGGGUCAUUUCGCAGGGAAGUGGACAUCAGCGCCGCAACAAACUGAUUGCUGUGCUUUGAUUUAAUUGGGGACAUUUUAGUUCCCUCGAGGGAUCUUCAGCGUAUGCGACCCCAAGAAGUGGAUAAAAAUCGAUGGGUUCGGAAUUCUGAGAUCCAUUAUAAAAGGGAAGAGGGCUUGUGUUCUUUGAUUGGAGAUGAUGCGCAUGAGGAUGGAAAUGGAAGCAACCAGCGGAGCUCUUCUUGAUCUUUGAGCCUUUUCGUUUUUCUUUUAAUAGCUUUCUACCUGCCAUCACCUUCUCUUCUUUUUUUGGGCGGUAGUGAUUUUGAGAAUAACGGUGGAGAGGCAGUCAUUUUGUUUUUCCUCACACUUCCAUUUCCGGAAAUCAAUUGCUUGCACGCCAAACUACGAUUUUUUUGGAUCAAAGUUUUGCUGUGAUUUUAAGUUUCCCCACUUUGUUAAGGUCUGGGAAGCACUUGGUCUUCACUUCCGUCACAGCUUAGUUAGUGGUUGGUUUUUCAGCAUCUUAGCAUAUCAAAUGCAAAAGCUCAGGUUGCUAGAGGUUCCAGAAAUUGCUCUCGCUGUGUUGCCUUAGAUCUGGAGGAGGUUAGCCUUCUAAAAUCUUAACAAUGGCCAUGGCAGGUCCGGUGAAAGUAGUCUUAGGCUCUGUUGCCUUUGGAAUUUUUUGGGUUUUGGCUGUGUUCCCUGCGGUUCCCUUUCUACCAAUCGGGAGAACUGCAGGCUCUCUCCUUGGUGCGAUGCUCAUGGUCAUCUUCCGAGUCAUAUCGCCCGAGGAAGCUUACGAUGCGAUCGAUCUUCCAAUUCUUGGGCUCCUCUUUGGAACCAUGGUCGUCAGUGUCUUUCUUGAAAGGGCUGACAUGUUUAAGUAUCUGGGUAAAUUGCUCUCAUGGAAGAGUAGAGGUGGUAAAGACUUGCUUUUUCGAAUUUGUCUCAUCUCUGCCGUAGCAAGUGCUCUAUUUACCAAUGACACCUGUUGUGUCGUCCUUACCGAGUUCAUCCUAAAGAUCGCUAGACAGAACAAUCUACCACCGCAACCUUUUCUUCUAGCACUUGCUUCUAGUUCAAACAUUGGAUCUGCUGCAACUCCGAUCGGUAACCCGCAAAAUCUAGUCAUAGCUGUUCAAAGUGGAAUCUCCUUCGAACGGUUCUUGUGGGGGAUCCUUCCAGCUAUGAUUGUUGGAAUUCUUAUGAAUGCCGCCAUCCUCCUAGUCUACUUUUGGAAGUUAUUAUCGAUAGAGAAGGAUGAAGAAGUGGUAUCAACAGCAGGAGAUAUGAUGGUGGAAGAUGAUGUGACUUUGCACCGGUUUUCACCGGCGACAAUGUCACAUGUUACUUCUAUGAAUUCUCAGGAGUUUGGCUCUGCAAUUGAUGCCGUGGUACUGAAUGGGGACUUUGGGCGCCCUGAUGGUCAACGAAGUAGGACUAAUAGCAUUGAUAUCGACAUACAAACUGCGUCAAGUGGUGGAAUUGAAUCCACGAGGGUCUCAAAUGCAUCAAGGGAAGUGGUAGAUGGUGCUGGAAUUUCUCUGAGAAGAGAGGAAGGUGUGACCUCAAGGAGGAUUGUGAGAGGUACCAGCAAUUUGAGAAAUAGUCCGAGAGAAAAUGCUUUGGUCCAAUCUUCAGACGAGAAGGAGAGUUCAAUCGAGAGGUGGAAGAAGCUAUGGUGGAAGACAUGCGUCUAUCUUGUUACUAUUGGAAUGCUUGUUGCUCUGUUGAUGGGACUUAACAUGUCAUGGAGUGCAAUCACUGCUGCUCUUGCUCUUGUGGUACUCGAUUUCAAGGAUGCACGCCCAUGCCUGGAGAAGGUUUCAUACUCCUUAUUGAUAUUCUUUUGUGGGAUGUUCAUAACCGUCGAUGGAUUUAACAAAACUGGAAUACCAAGUGCUUUGUGGGAAUUUGUUGAACCACAUGCACGUAUUGAUAAUGCUGGUGGUGUUGCACUGCUCUCUCUGGUGAUUCUCAUCCUCUCAAAUGUUGCCUCCAAUGUGCCCACUGUGCUCCUCCUUGGAGCGAGGGUGGCAGCAUCAGCAGCAGUUAUAUCUCCUGGUGAGGAGACGAAGGCUUGGCUUAUACUUGCAUGGGUUAGCACGGUGGCUGGAAACCUCUCUUUGUUGGGCUCUGCUGCGAAUCUUAUUGUCUGCGAACAGGCUAGACGGGCUCAAUUUUUUGGCUACAACCUCUCUUUCUUCAGCCACCUACGUUUUGGGGUCCCAUCAACCCUCAUCGUCACUGCAAUUGGCUUGCUGAUCAUCAUGAGUUACUGAAUAGUCUAAUGGAGAGCCAUUUAGAGAACAAGCUUGUGUUGUAACAUAGAGUUACAAAUAACUUCCAUUAUUAGCGUUGCAUUGCCAUGAGUGAAUAAUGGGGAAGCCUAGUGUAGUAGCGGUGCUCAAUUUCUUUCAAUGAUUAGCCAUUACUAUCUUUAAGUGUACAAAUCAAUAAUGAAGAAAUAUAUCUUAUUAACUGGUGA